AUGGAGAUGCCCCGCUCAUCCUUCAAGGUGUCUCCUGUAGAUGAGACAGCUUUAAACACAGCACUGGACUUAUUUCCUGGUUGUGCUUCUAAUGAUCCCUGGUGUGAUGACCUGCGUGGAACGUCGACGGCGGCAUCCGGUAAAGAUGUUCAUGUGGUUCAUCAAAGUAGUACAUUAGAUUCUCUUCCUGAUGCGACGAUAACUAGAACUACGUCCGGUGUCGAUCAUGGGAAACCGAAGGAAGAUGAUCAAUGUGGCAACAACAAGGCCUCUGAGGAAGAUGCUCAGCGUGCUCAGUGUCUGGUGCAUAGUAGAGAAGGGGGUGAACAAAAUCGAGAACAGGUGGAAGGGGAGCAACAUUGUGGUAAUCAUAGUGGUGCGAUCAUAGACAGUGAAGAUGCCGAUGUUGAGCAGCGGAAAAGAGCACGGUCAGCUUCGGAGGACCACCAGAUUUUGCCAACCAAAAAACUGAAACAAAGUGCUGCUUUAGCGGACGAGACGAUAGAAGAACAUGCAGUAAACGAGCCUACAGCUCUUAGAUCAUCUCCACCAUCUACGCCUGAAUUUUUAUCCUUGGGACGAGAAACAAAUGCAAAUGGUUUUGAACAACUUGGAGUCGGAGUUGUUGUUGGAGGUGAAGCGGAUGAACCUCCUCUUUAUCACGAAGAAAUAGCUGUUCCAGACGAGGAAGGUCCGACGAUCACGAUGAUGAAAAACGUAGACCUACUAGAAGAAAGAGUUGAAGAAGCUGUUAAGCGCAAGGCACCAC